UAUGGAAAAUAUUAUAAUAGUUUGUGCAUAGGAUUCAUUGUAUUAGAAAAAUAUCCAAAUCCCGUUCAGCUGAAGGACGGUAUAAUACGCUAUUAAAACAGUCGAUUCAAGUUGAAUAAAAACAUAGAAUUGUGGGAACUCAGUCGAAUUCGUUCUUCAGCAAGUUGCAAUGCCUGUAGAACAAUCAAAGUUCGCGCAUUUUAAAAACAGUCCUUGCUAGCAGAAAAAUACAGCGGAAAGCGAAUAAUUGAGCAGGGUAAGAGAAAAAUGGGGUUAUUUCUUCAAUGUGUUUACUAAAUAAGAGAGGAAUUAUUUCCAAACCAGAACGUUUUUAAGGUUGGCCGCUCAUUUAUGCCACCUGUAAGUUUGAUUAUUUGCGCUAACAUGGAAAACAUUUCUAGCUGAUUGACUCUUGUUCAAAAUUAUUCAACCAGGUGGCCACGGGCAACUCGCAAUUCAUCAACGGUCAACGUACAACUGGAUCGCCGAAACUGAUACGCCAAACAAAUAAAUAAAGUGUAAACGAAGUUAAAUGUUUAAGAAAUAUAAAUGUUUCUGAAUAUACAAGUAUUAUGAGCCCCGAUUAAGUGUUUCUCUGAAAUCACAACUCUUUUCCGGGAGGCUAUUUAUUGUAAGAUAUUAAUGAGACGGCGAAGGAUUGGAUGAUCGUAAGUGAACAGUACGUGAAGGGACUUAAAGCAAGUGCGGAAUAACAAAUUUGGUGACUUUUGCAGUAAACAUGCACAUUGUACAGAUGCAAUGGAGAAGUAUAUGAAAGAAAAGAAAAAACGCGGUGAUACAGAUAACAACAGCAUCAAGGAGAUAAAUUACUAAUUGGUGUCAGUGAAAGAUAGUAAAUCAACACAAUGCGUCAAAGACUAAACUCUGCUCUCCUACGAGCAGCUUUUCUGACGUUCGUAAUUUAUUCAUUGCUAUUUGCAACAAGAACUGAUGCAGCAGGAGAGUAUGUCAAGAGCUUCGAAGACUUUAAAAUAAAAGAGAAACGAAAUCCUAUACCAGCAUUGACUCGCGAUUUACAAUUUAAUGUUGAUUAUAUCAAUAACCCAUGUUUACUAGCACCUACGGCAGAGAUUGCCCCUCUGAUGGACAUUGAUGAGCUACAGAGGCAGUAUAAGGAAACAAGAAAAGCUCUUCUUAGCCAAAGCCAACUGGAGCAUGCAAAACAACUCUACCACAAAAUGGUACUAGAAGGAUACCUAUUAAUGGCUUGCAUGAUAAGAGUGGAGUUUGGGAAUGCAAAAGCCGAGCGAAUGAUUGACAAAUGGAUAUCAGGAUAUGACAAUCCUUCAUUCAAACAAGUGAUCGAGGACAAUCUUAAAUCUGUUUUAGAUAUCGCUGACUCAGCAGUAUCAAUAAAGCAAUGCAGGCAUUGGGUAGUCAUGGCAACACGGUAUAAUGAAUUUCAAGUCCCGGCAUCAACUAGCACACAGAGUGUGUUUGACUAUUUGACAGAUAAGCUGAGCAUAGGUGGUGGUUCGUUUGCAAAAAUCGGACCAUACACGGGCUCUGUAAUCAUGCGGUGUUUACAGACUGCACCUGGACUCAAUAAGGGUGAAAAAGAACGCAUUUCCAAGUUAGUUGGCGCUGGUCAGCAGUUUACAUACCAACUGAUCGGGGCUUCAAUGUCAAGGAUACUUGGUCAUCACAGCAGCGCAGAUUUAUUGCGCAUAAUAGCACAUGACUUGAACAGGGCAGGCAACUUGGAACGCGAUGAGGUCAGGAAAAGAGUGAGGUUUCUCGUAAGCGGAUUCAGACUUAGCGAAAUAUGCAAAAGAGGAAAAAGCGACCAGGACUGCCUUGAAGCAGUCGAGGCUGACUUUUCAGCCCAUACCCCUCAGGAAGAUCCAUCCAUCCCUCCACAUCUCCUACACCCAACCCUGACACAUCCUCCAAAUCCAAAGCCGCUGCUUGAAGAUAAGCUACAUAAACUGUUGCAGGACAACACACCUUCUAAGCCUGCUAAACCAGCUCCUAGCAAAGCCGGGGGAAAUCCGCUGACAAAUAAGGUAGGGAAACAGCCCCUGACACACAAACCAUCUGGAAGCAACCUGCUACCAACCAAACUGGGGGCAGAUCAUCCCGGUAUAACUGCAGUUGGGCAUCCUCCCAAGGUGGGGGCAUUAUCUGAGCAUCCAUUGGUUCACCAUGUUGGCGAAGAUUGGCCUCUGGAUGUGCACCCAGAGCACUUAACGACUUCAGCAGACGAGCUUGUAAACAAGGUCAACGAGCUUGAAAACCCUCUUAUUACCAGCAUAAUGGAGAACAAGAACCCCGAACUACUAAAACUUCUACAACAAAGCGGCAGCCCAGAGUUACUCCAAACACUGCUCAGCUCAUCUGCGCCAUUGGUGAAUACAGCAGCAAAGGGAGAUUCCCAGGAAACGAUUCGCAAAGAGAAGGCAAGGCAGCGACUCAGACAGCUCCUGGCGGCUUUUAAGGGUAAUAAACAGAAGCUGACAAAUGCCAUAAAAGCACAUGCGCGACUGAGGCUGCUUUCGUACCUCAAGAACCACAGAAAUUCAAAGUUACUGCAGCUGAUGAAAAUGAAAUACAAAGAGCCCUUGUUGGCACAAGUAACAUCACACGAACAUGUGAACAAUGUGCAAAACGAUGAGGGCAAUCAUCCACCGUUAGUAGUCAAUUUCAAAGAGAAGCCAAAAACCAAAUCUGAAAAGGCGCUUGAGCUGUUGAAGUUGCUAGAGCUGAAACAUGAUGCACGUCAUGCAAAAAUUCACCCUACAGAAAUGCAACCAGGCCGGGAAAUCCUUGAUGAGCUAAAGGACGAACUAAGCACUCUUGGCUUCAAACAUAAACACAAGCCUUCACGAUAUGUAGAUAACACUCUUGUUCAUUUCGGGGAUCUAUUGUCGACAGGAGUUGGACUCCCUAUGGAUUACGAAGCAGGAAAGGCUUUUGAUUCUUAUGCUACCAGCAAACACCAUCGCAACCCUUUCCAAUAUGAAGAAGACUGGAAAGGAUCAUUGUGGCACACCAGAAAACAUCGUCAUCAUCGACCAAGCAGCCACGGGUUGUUUUUAAACCAACCACAUCUUGGAUUUAUAAACCACAUAAACGAAAAUACAGAGCAGCGUCCUGCAGAGGUCUACCCGUCAGCCAGAAUGACACCGGGUAAAAUGGAAAAGCAAACUGAGCCUGGAAAUCUGUUGACAGAGGAUGUAGCAGCAACAUUUGGUGAUGGCAAAGGAGGCGAUCCGAAUAAAGACAACCUAAAAAACGUUUUCAAGGAUAUGGCAUCUAACAGUAUGGAUUCAAAUGAUAUUGAGAACCUUAUGUCCAAUUUGCCUGGCAUAGUAGGGCAUCAUGUUGGAAAAGGGGAGCUCCACGACAUCCUUGCACAGUUUGGCAAAUCGACUGGUAAACCAGUUAACAGUGAGCAAAGUAGUAAUGAAAUGGUUCAGCUAAAUAGUGGUAGCCAUUUUGAUGGCGAACACGCUGCUCACAUUCCACAGCAAUUCAUGCAGACUCCAGCUUCUGGGUUGCUUAACGAUGGUGCGCAAAUGGGCGAGACUGACGUGGCAACCCUUCAAAAGCAUCUGCAGCCACAAAAAAUUGUCGAGCUAGCCGAGCAGGGCCAAGGAGAACAGGUGAAUAGCGAGGGUCAACUCCCACUAACGAGUGAUGCUGCUAGGCUUCAAUACAUGAUGUCACACGGAAUUAUGGAUAAGUACGGACAUGACAAUGAAAAAAUUAUAAAUAUUCAUCCAAAUCAGAAGGUUAUCCACAUAAAUGGGUACGGGAAUGGGCCUGGGGGUCUAGGAGAGAACGUCCCGAACUUCAAUGGAGAACAUCUGAUGAGCGCUCAAAGUCAAAGUGAAGACAAUUAUGCAGGUAUAAAUGAAAAUGAGGCGAAACCGAAAAUGGAUUUAUUGAAUCUUAACGGCAGAAUACAGGGUAUCGAGGGGCUUGAAGAUGAUAAAAUGGCGUUUAAGGAUUCAAGGAAUUACGAAUCACUGGGUUCUAUUGGGAAGACAGUUGAGAACUUUAUUUCCACAGAUGGAAGGCCGUCAGUUGAUUCAGAGGCAUCAAAAGAGCUCAAAGAACAAGAGAAUUUUGAUGCAGAUGUACUGGAAAACGAAGCGAAGGCUGUGCACCAUCUUUCAGCUGUGAAGCCAACAACGAUCAACACAAACUACCUUGAGUCACUUUCUAGUGAGGACUUUGAUCACGAUGAAACAAGACAAGCCACGGUUACCCAAGGAGCGAAACAAAGCGAUCCCAUCGACGACUACAUGGAUUUUAUUCAUAAACAAGAUGCAGUAGAUGAAGAUUACGCCCAACACUACUACAAAAAUAAAAAUAAUGCCCUUUCAGGAAAUUCUGGGUUUAGUACUGAUUUCGAAUAUCAGCAGUUUGAAAAAAAAUCAUCGCUUAAGAAAAGGGACGACAAGAAGAAGCAUACAAGUAAUCCUGGCUUGACUCACAAUAAGAAUAUGAACGUUGGCGCCAAAGUGAAAUCGGGAGCAAACAAGGACACGAGGGUCAGCAGCCAAAGUGAAAAUAAGCAGAAAUUAAAUUUACAGGGUAAUCUUAAAUCUGCCAAAACAAAGCAAAAUGGAGCUAAUAACAAGCAAAAGGACGCUGAGAAGAGACGGGAACGACAAAAGGGAGGAGCAAAAGUGACUUCGAAACAGAAAAAGAAAACAGCAGCGAACAAGGCGAAAGUAAAUGUAUAUCAACCGAAGAGAAAUCAACAAAAGAAACUCAACGGAAGACAAAUAAAUGGGAAAAAUAAGGGCAAAGAAAAUGCAAAAGGAAAUAUAAAAAUAAAGGGUAAAAGAAGAAAUAAUCACCAAAAUGGAAAUAUGGCCUUGAAUAAACAAAAGAAUCGUAACAAAGGUGAUUUAAAGGAGAGAGAAAUGAGUAUUCUAUGAUGUUAUCGCAUUUACGAUCGUGAUAGAAAUGUCGUGGAGCUACUUGGAGACAUUAAUGGAGCUUGACUUAAGGGAGGAUUUUGCGUGUACGUCUGUGACUGAAAUGUCUUGAGACUAUGUGCCUUGGUUGAAAUGAUUGUACAGUGUCAAAAAGAGGAUAAUUUAACCAAUUAUCUCAUCGUAUUACAAACUAUACAGUUAAACAUGUUGAGGUAAAAACAAAGCCGUUUUUGUUUUAUCUCCAAGCAAGAUAUUAGAUGGAAAUUUUGUUAAGAAUAUGAAAAAAUGCGUUAUUUUCACGGAGCAGAUCUGUAAAUACAGCGAUAUAUCUUUAUUGUGGGUAGAUAAAUAUAGCGAUAAAGCACGAGCACGUGCUACGCAUGAAUAAUGUAUGAGACGGCAUGAAAGAAAGCGCGGUGUUACUGAAGAAGUGGAAUAAUGACACACAGUAAGAAACAAUGUUUUGCUAUGAUUUCUUUGUUAUAUUGCAAUGUAUGCCAAAAUCAUUAUUGUAACAUAAAUAUAAACUGACAGUACUUUGUAACCUUAACAGUAGUUUUUGAUUGACUUAUUGUGAAUAAA